AUCUGACUAGUUGUUCUAUCUGUGGCUAUAUCGUAUUUGGAGCUAGCAAGCUGUUUGCAAACGGAAAAAUGUUGACCAUAUUUUGUAAAACUUUUUAUUAGUUCGACGAAAAUAAUGGAAAUGUUCAGUAAACUGACAAAUCUCUUUCAACAGGCGUUGGAGACAGUAAGUAAUGGUUGUUGACAAGCCCUUUUUGUACUCUACUUCCUGGAUUUAGCUAGCUAGGUAGAUACUGUUUGAUGCAAGCUAAUUGGCUAGCAGCUAGCUAACUUUACUGCUGACUUUGGCCCAUAUAAAGUUAGCCAACGGCUAAAAAAGUUAGCUAGCGGUUAAAAGUUGACUAUUUGUAGGCCUUACAUGAGUUGAAUGAUGUGCCAAAAAUGUGUCUGUCAUCUGUACGAAAAGUCGGAAAAAGAGCAAUCCUGCAACAAGUUGCAACCUAACCCAACGCGUUACCUAGCUAGCCAAGUAGUCAAAACUAGCUAGCAAGAUGGUGACAACCUAUUUAGAUUAAUUUAUUUGGUGUAAUAUGCUUAUUGAAUAAUGCCAAUGUUAUUAUAAAGUUUUAUGUGGAUUUGUUAAUUAUUCUGACAAUUAUCUAACGUUAGCUUCCUACCUAGCUACAACAUAUACCAUGGCGUCUGAAAUGUUUGUUGAUAAAGAUGUCCAGCUAGCCCAUAGAGAGAGAUAGAGGACUCAUCUUUGUAUCUGUGACAUAAUAGCGUCUGUGAAAGCAUUGGCAGCGCCAUUGAGGCCAUCUCCAUUUUGAAGUAGGCAAUUUUCUUCUUCACGAUUGGCUGAUCCCUCCUGAUGACCCGGUAAGACAUGACUCCAACAGGGUCACCAGGAGAGAUCAGCCAAUGAAGUUGGAAGUACCACACAGUUAACUACAUUAAAAUGGUAGAAGCCCUCAAUGGCGUUGGUAAUGCUAAUAUAGCCUUUUGGCCACUAGAGGCCUCUAACAUUCUCUAUGGAGUAGUCUGACCUGACUCCAUAUUUACUCAAGUGGAAGCCCACAGGCAUAUGAAACCACAUUCCAUCAUUGGGCAACUUUCUUGGGGGAUGGGGAGAGUGAUAAGCUGAUACAAGAUAGGAGGAAACUCAACUCUGAUUAAUGGCACAUGUUUUAUGCUGGAUAGGACAUCAUUGUUUAGGCCCACAUUCUUUGAGCUGAAUCAUCUCGUGUUUCCAUUCUUCCAUUUUCUAGAGGGAGCCAUCAGUAAAUUUAUUGGACUCUUUUGUGGAGCACUGGAAAGGGAUAACCAAUUAUUACAUUGAAACUACUGGUAAGAUUGAGACACUGCUGAAAUGUUGAAAUUAAGAAUCUGUUGAAUACCCCGGAUGUGCCUCCAAGUGACCUUGGCCUGAGUUACAUUGCGAACUAACUUGUCGGCAGUAGGACAUUUUAAUACUGCUGUCAUAUUCGGCAUGUGUUCAUAUUGGCCUAUGUUGAGAGUGCGUUCAACUGUGAUGGUUUUCCAGAUGAAACGAGGCCUGUAAAGCAGACAGACAUCCCAUGGCGAUUGAAGCAAAUGCUGGAUAUCUUAGUUUACGAAGAGGGCCAACAGGGGCUGGAGGAGACGGGCCCUUGUAUGGAGUACCUCCUACAGCACAAACUGCUGGAGACCCUCUGCACCCUAGGCAAAGCACAGGUACCACACUCACACAGCAGGAGAGAUGUUGUCAUGUGUGGUACGUUUUGAUAACCCUCUCUUCGACACUGAUCUCUUCCUCCUGCCAGUACCCCCCAGGAAUGAACCAGCAGGUCCUGGUGUUCUUCUCCAAAAUCCUGGUACAAAUCCAAAAGCCAAUGCUUCACAUGAUCAAUGUGUAUAGGCCAGUGCAGGUAAGGAGUCAUUCAUUCUGGUUAUUGUUCAUCACUUUGUUGUUGUCUAUGGCUGUUUGAAAUUUGAUAUACAGUGCAUUCGGAAAGUAUUCAGACCCCUUGACUUUUUCCAUAUUUUGUUACAUUACAGCCUUAUUCUAAAAUUGAUUAAAUAAUUUCCCCCCUUCAAUCUACACACAAUACUCCAUAAUGACAAAGCGAAAACAGGUUUUUAGAAGUGUUUGCAAAUGUAUAAAUAAAAACGGCUACCUUAUUUACAUAAUUAUUCAGACCCUUUGCUAAGAGACUCAAAAUUGAGCUCAGGUGCAUCCUGUUUCCAUUUAUCAUCCUUGAGAUGUUUCUACAACUUGAUUGGAGUCUACCUGUGUUAAAUUCAAUUGAUUUGACAUGAUUUGGAAAGGCACACACCUGUCUAUAUAAGGUCCCACAGUUGACAGUGCAUGUCAGAGCAAAAACCAAGUCAUGAUGUUGAAGGAAUUGUCCAUAGAGCUCCGAGACAGAAUUGUGUCAAGGCACAGAUCUGGGGAAGGGUACCAAAAAAUGUAUGCAGCAUUGAAGGUCCCCAAAAACACAGUGGCCUCCAUCCUUGUUAAAUUGAAUACGUUUUGAAGCGCCAAGACUCUUCCUAGAGCUGGCCCCUUGGCCAAACUAAGCAAUUGUGGGAGAAGGGCCUUGGUCAGGGAGGUGACCAAGAACCCGAUGGUCACUCUGACAGACCUCCAGAGUUCCUCUGUGGAGAUGGGAGAACCUUCCAGAAGGACAACCAUCUCUGCAGCACUCCGCCAAUCAGGUCUUUAUGGUAGAGUGGCCAGACAGAAGCCACUCCUCAGUAAAAGGCACAUGACAGCCUGCUUGGAGUUUGCCAAAAGGCACCUAAAGGACUCUCAGACCAUGAGAAACAAGAUUCUCUGGUCUAAUGAAACCAAGAUUGAACUCUUUGCCCUGAAUGCAAAGCGUCACAUCUGGAGGAAAGCUGGCACCAUCCCUACGGUGAAGCAUGGUGGUGACAGCAUCAUGCUGUGGGGAUUUUUUUCUGCGGCAGGGACUGGGAGACUAGUCAGGAUCGAGGGAAAGAUGAACGGAGCAAAGUACAGAGAGAUCCUUGAUGAAAACCUGCUCCAGAGCGCUCAGGACCUCAGACUGGGGUGAAGGUUCACCUUCCAACAGGACAAUGACCCUAAGCACACAGCCAAGCCAACGCAGGAGUGGCUUCGGGACAAGUCUCUGAAUGUCCUUGAGUGGCCCAGCCAGAGCCCGGACUUGAACAUCUCUGGAGAGACCUGAAAAUAGCUGUGCAGCGACGCUCCCCAUCCAACCUGACAGAGCUUGAGAGGAUCUGCAGAGAAGAAUGGGAGAAACUCCCCAAAUACAGGUGUGCCAAGCUUGUAGAAGACUCAAGGCUGUAAUCGCUGCCAAAGGUGCUUUAUAUAUUAUAAUUUUUAUUCUAAAAACCUAUUUUUGCUUUGUCAUUAUGGGGUAUUGUGUGUAGAUUCAUGAGAGAAAAACAAAUUAAUCAAUUUUAGAAUAAGGCUGUAACGUAACAAAAUGUGGGGAAAGUAUAUUUUUCCGAAUGCACUGUAUUUGUCCCUCAGUAGGCCUAACUGUCACUUGUAUGUAUGUGCAUGCAUACAUUAAUGUCAAUAUUUUACCAAAAAAGUGAAAUACUAUUAUCUAUCGUGGUCUCUUUACCAAGAUAAAGUGAUAUUUAAAAUGUGCUUUCCUUAACAGUAAAUUUGUCCUCCCAAAAUUCCUGACAUUGCUCUCAACAGAAGCUGGUUCGUCUGUGUGGUCUUCUGGGAUCGCAGACUGAGAAAGAGGAGGCUCAGUUUCUGUUUGUCGUUUGCUCCAGGGUGAAACAAGAUCCGUAUGUUCUCAACUACAUUUUAGAGGUACUUUAAAAUUCAACCUUUUGAUUUGGUCGUGCAUUUUCAAGCACUAAACGUGUAGGCAAUGGGCAUACUGAAUAGUAGUACUAAUGGUAGUAGUUUUAAAAUUAAAACUAGUGGUAGUCGUACUUUAUUAGCACGUCAUUAGUUUGACCGUAGUUGACUAUGUAGUUGAUUUCAGUGCAUCAUCCGAAGUAAGUCAUGUCAACGUAUGAUUGAUGUUUUUUUCUUUUUACUGUUUUACCUGUCAUGCAGAUUAAAAAGGAAAAUCUCUUCAAGAGGUCUAUUUCUUCCUCUGAGGAUACAGAAAAAGGGAGAAGUGAAGAGGCUGUGCCUUCCAGUAACCCCACAGCCUCAAACCCUGCCUCCACCUCAAGUCCUCAACAGCACUCACCCACUGACUCUCCCUCCACUAUUUUCCCAGCCAAUGCAGGCCUCAUCCAUGUCUUGGUCCACUUGAGCAGAAGCCAGGUGUGUUCAGCCAGGACUACUUGACAAACCAAUACAUAAUUCAUGCAUUUGAAAUGAACAUCAAGUUAUCAAUAAUUUGCCACGUUUUUCUUUGUUUCCUUGUUCAGAACAAAGUUGCACUGAAAGCCUUUGAGAGCUUGCUGCUCCUCGUCAGCCUACCAAAGGAAGAUACUGCAGUGUGCUUGGCUGAAAGCACCCCACUGUGUCAGCUACUGGCUGAGCGGUUGUGUGAGCUCUACAGCCAGCUCCCGGCUACGCUGGAAGCUGCAGACAUCCACAGUUUCCCCCAGACCCACUGGAGGUGAGCUUAGUGGCCCAGAGCAUGCAGGAGCCCUUACCGGUGAACGAUGUACUGAAAACUCAAUAUAGUCAUGAUUCUACAAGCCUCUCGUUCACGCCAUUCACCACAAGGGGCUUAUUGGCGCUGUCAUUUGUGACACUUGUAAAAGUGUGCUUUAAACAAUGUACAUUUGGCAUACAAAUAAGAUUAUUUCUUGGUACAUUUGAAACGAGGUCUAGUUGUGGCCGCAACCUAUGGAACGCCAUUUGGGUCUUAGCGUGUCAAAAAAGAUACACGUCAAUUAAGCUUGUUGACCAAUCAGCACCUGAAUAUGACUGCACGUCACAUAAUUUAACACGUUCAUUAAUUUUUUACGUAGUUAUUACACAUAGAUUACACUCACUCAUAUUUCAUAUGUCACAGUGAUUCACCAAUACGUAUGCUAUGAUGCUGGUAAAGUUGUCUUGAGCGCAGACACACUUCAAAGCUCUGGGACAGUGCUGGUCAUAAAAAAAGCUAGCUAGCUGAUGGAUGCAAACAAUGUUCUUCCCCCAAAACAUAGCAAAACGACAAUAUGUGUCAGUAGCUAUAGUUAACUAACUAUCUAGCUAGCUAGGUGUCAUCUAAAAUACCCCUAAUUUUAUAAAACAGUUCUUAUUUGAUUAAUGAUGGUCAGACCCACCUAUGUGAAGCUAGACACAAUAAGGAUAAGCCACAAUUUGCGGUUCGCCUUCAAAAUAAAAGUAUCUCAUUGAAAGUGAUCCAAAUGAAUACAAAUAGUGCCAUAAUUGAAUAGAUCAUGCUAUAUGAGGUUGGAAUGUUAUAUAAAUCCAACAAAAGACAAUUUGUUAAUUUGAUUAAUCUGUUUCAAUCAGACUGUGGAUGUAUUAGACUUUAGAAUUGCAUUGGAAUCCUCUGUAGCUCAAUUGGUAGAGCAUGGGGCUUGUAACGCCAGGGUAGUGGGUUGGAUCCCCGGGACCACCCAUACAUAAAAAUGUAUGCACACAUGACUUUAAGUCGCUUUGGAUAAAAGCGUCUGCUAAAUGGUAUAUUAUUAUUAUUAUUAUUAUUAUACUUAUUUCACUAUACAGCCUUGCCUAUGGAUUGUGGGUCAAUGACAUGGGGUAUCAGUCUACUCCGUGACACCCAGAGAACGUUAGCGUCGUAGCUCUUAUUGCGGGACUCUGAAACCACUGUGAAAUUAGCCACAUUUAUUGUACCAGUCAACCUACUAUGUGUAUUGAACACUAUUCCAGAGGAAAAACAAUACAAUGUGGAUGGUUUGGAGUCUGAUAACUCUGAGGAGGACUUUGGGGAAAAAAGCACUUUGGUACUGAGUAGACUGAUACCCCGUUUCAUUGAUCCCAAAUCCUUAGGUAAGGCUGUACAGUGCAAUAUGAAUGUCAAUACACACAGUAGGCUGACUGGGGAGGUGAUUUCCCUAAGCCAAAGUCCUGCAAUAAGAGCUACAACGCUAAUAUUUGUGAAAACUCUUCACAAUUGUGUUCUGUGGGUGUCACUGAGUAGACUGAUACCCCAUUUCAUUGCUCCACAUUCCAACCUUGUUUAACAUUAUGUAGUCUAAAUAUGGCAUGAUUUCACCAAUAGUAACCAAUUGCAGCACUUUCAAAUGGAGACUUUUAUUUUGAAGGCAAACCGCACAUUCCACUAUUGUGGCUCAUCCUUAUUGUGACUAACUUCACAACACAUAACCCGGUCCGGUCAAGCCUCACUGAAGCUAGCUGGCAGUUUAUAACGUUAGCUUUGGGCAACAGGGUUAAAUAGCUGGCUAGCUAGGUACUUUCAUUAACUGAAGUGAAAUUUCCAUAGGAGAAUAACAAGUGGCUACCUAGCUAAUACUUACUGAUAAGUUGCGUCAAUUCAAAUCUGGUAUAGGAACAAAAAGAGGUCAAUAAACGUCUUCUAAAAUAAACUAGUAUUUUAAUUAAUGCAAAACGCUUCAAUGGUAAAUAUGAUGUUCGUAAAUACGGGUCCACUGAAAUACCACGCAGGGCAGACAGAGAACUGAGCCAUUGUUAUAAGUUCUUCUUUAAAUACUCUGACAGAGAUAGUUCCUGCUCCAAGCAGGCCUAUCAGAGUAGAGACUGAGCGUGGUUUAGACUUACUCAGCCUAUCGUUGGCGCACAGGCUGGUCCCAGCCCCUUGGCGCUUCACUGUUGCCAGGCAUUAGUUGUUAUCUCCACAACUUGUCUCGAGUCAGCAACCUCAGACAUCUUUGUAGCAGAACACAUGUCCUUGAGCGGUUUAACAAAGAGGCAGUGAGUGUGUGUCUGUGUGAAUCACAAGUCUGUCUCAGCCUACCCCCUAACUGUUCCCCACAUUAAUCACAGCUUGUUAUAUUAAACAAUCUAUAUCAGUACAGUACAAACCUAUUAUGUUUAAUCAUUAAUGCUUUCUUAUUAAGCUAACAGCACAUCUAAAAUAUAAGAGAAUAAUUUCCCACAUUACUCACAUGGAUUCCUAAAUCAUUGCUAAGAAUAUUGAAAAUGACUGCAGUUUGUAAUGGUCAUUGUUUACAGGCUGCUUGCAUUGGUGGGUACCACGCUAAAGCUAGCUAACUAUAGCUACUGAAACAGAUUGUCGUUUUGGGGGAAGAACAUUGUUUGCAUCCCAUCAGCUAGCUAGCUUUUUUUAUGACCAGCACUGUCCCAGAGCUUUGAAGUGCGUCUGCGCUCAAGACAACUUUACCAGCAUCAUAGCAUACGAAUUGGUGAAUCGCUGUGACAUAUGAAAUACGAGUGAGAGUGUAAUCUGUGUAAUAACUAUGUACAAAAUUAAUAAACGUGUUAAAUUAUUAUGUGACGUGCAGUCAUAUUCAGGUGCUGAUUGGUCAACAAGCUUAAUUGAUGUGUCAAACAGCGUUAUUUGACGUGUAUCUUUUUUUGACACGCUAAGACCCAAAUGGCGUUCCAUAGUUUGAAGCUGUUGUACAAAACCGGAAGUGAAAGACUCAAAAACGAAACUUAAGAACAGAAAGCAUGGAAAUGGCCCAUAUAGAACAGAUCUACCUCUUCUAAGACUUUCUUUCAAUGAGAAUGACAGAUCUAUAACACACAUUACAUUUGCAUGAAUUAGCAUAUAAUACCCUCCAACAAUAAUUGUAACUCUUGAAACGUCCAAGCUAGACACCAAACCGACUUUCACAUGUUCAAGCUAUCCUACCAAUAAAUCAGUAUUUUCAUCUACCUACUUUUUCAACUAUAACCAGUCACCAACAUUACUAUUACUAGUUAUUUCAAAACCAUACAUACUCAAAACAAGCUAGCAAGCACACCACAUUUUCUUCAGGAAAUGUACGUUUUCAGUGAUCACUGUUAGCCUAAAGAGUUUAUUUAUUAGAUAGAACUACAGCUAGCUAUCAGUAGGUCUACAUACAAACCUAUUCUACAUAGUUCUUCAACUACCACAAAAAUACUUUUAAAGAGCUGUCAUCAGUAGAUGCACCAUCAUAUUUCUCUCACCAAAUAAUAGCCUAAAACGUUCUACUAAUGAAAUCAUCAUUCAACUAAAAUCAAACUUAAUUUACACUGUAAAUUUAAUUUACAAAAGUAAAUUGUGCAUCUGAAACCCACAGCAUGAAUGAUUCAGAGUUGCUUUGUUUUCCUAAGUGUUGUCCACAUGAUCCUGUCUUUUAUUCCCAUCUUCUGACAGAUCACUUUGUCCUGUCUUUCUUCUUUCAGUUUUCACAUGCAACAACUGUAGUUUAGAAAUGUUUGUGAUCUAACUUCCCCAAAAUCCAAAGUAAUAUGGUUGAUAUAGUAGUCUAUCAAAGUAAUCAGACCAAUUAUUAUUUUACAAAAUGUAACUUUGACUGUAUGUAACUGCUUUGCUUUAAAUAGUAAAGUAACACUUUUUUUAAACAUCUUCCAUUACCACAAAAAUACUUAGAGCUAAAGCAAGCCCCACAACCUUACUUUUACAGUUACCAUCAAGUUUUGAUUUGGUAAUGGACCUGAUGUUUUGUGCAGUGCUCCAUUCUCUCAGAACAGUAUGCAGGAAAGCCAGUCGUUUCCUGGUAGUGAGCACAUGGAGAGGUUUUUCGCUUGGCUGGACUUCCUUGACCAUCUGAUGAGAGAGGCACCAAAGGUAAAAAAGCAGAAAUACUUGACCAAGCUUGACCAUGAAUUGAGUUUCCACCAAGAGAGGAUCUCUAGUGCAGUAUAUUUGCUGUUUUUGUAGAUCCUCGCUGUGAAAUUGGCCAAAGAAAUUCACCAUUGCUGGCUUGUCGGUGUUCUGCAGCCUGAGCUGCUCCAAAUGUAAGUGACCCCCACCUACAUUUUCUCCAAUGGGGUUUUAUACAUAUAUAGUGCAUUUGGAAAGUAUUCAGACCCCUUGACUUUUUCCACAUUAUGUUACAGCCUUAUUCUAAAAUGGAUUACAUUGUUUCCCCCCCCCCCCCCUCAAUCUACACACAAUACCCCAUCAUGAUAAAGCAAAAACUGGUUUUUAAAUCCCCCCCCCCCCCCCCCCCCCCCAAAUGUAUAUAAAAAAAAUAAAAAAAACAUUUACAUAACUAUUCAGACCCUUUAAAGCACCUUUGGCAGCGAUUACAGCCUCGAGUCUUCUUGGGUACGACGCUACAAGCUUAGCACACCUGUAACGUAACAAAAUGUGGAAAAAGUCAAGGGAUCUGAAUACUUUCCAAAUGCACUGCACCUAGGACAUAUGGACUAUUAUUGACCAGUGGUUUGUGUUUUAGGUCCGAGAUGGGCGUGCUGGUGAACACGGCGCUGCUGUGCUGCUCGGUGCGUCACAUCCAAUCCCCUGCCAUGUUGGAAGAGCUGGUCUCGUUCCUCCUGGGCAGACACACACAGAGCGAGCAGCGCUUGGACACAGAGAGUCAUGUGCUGCGAUAUCAACUUAUCGAGCACUGUGACCACAUCUCCGAUGAGGUAAGGUGCUGCUACUGUAGCCCUCAGUAAAGACUGAACACGAGCGAAGACGAGACACAACUGGAGUUCACAUCUCUCAUGUUGCUACCAUGACUAUAGUUAAGCUAUUUGUAUUCCCUUAGUGUUGUAAGCCAAAAGAAGACUAAGGAAGUACCAGCGUUAGUGCUGGUUACAGCUGGUUACAGCUGGUGACGUGCUGUACUUUCUCUCUGCCUGCUAGAUCAGUAUCGCUACUCUGCUCCUGUUUGAGGAGCUCCUACAGAAGCCCCACAGGGACAUUCUCUUCAACCUGGUCCUGAGGAACCUGGAGAACCGCUGCUACGUGACACACGCUCUGGGGGGAGGGGAUGACAGCAGGCAUUUCACCGACACCGAUCCCGUGGAGGAGAACGAGUGAGUUAACUCAUCCAGAGGUAGAGCUCCAAUGGACAGCUCUGUAGGGGCUAAUAAAAAUCAAGGUUGUUGCGAACGCCUGACACACAGGGGUGAAUUGCUUAGUUAAUCAUGACUAUGACUAGUUUGUGACCGACCAAAUGGAGUAUACAGUCAGCAAUACCAUUCAGGAAUGGCUUCUACAUUAUAUAUGUUUGUGUUCCACCUGAACAGAGAACUAGAGGAGGACCCUUUCUUCACAGACAUGUACGGCGAGGAUGAAUUCAACAGCUCAGAGCAGCUUCUGCCUCGACCCCAGCUCAUGAGAGAACCUCGCUGCAGUGGACAAACUCAAGCAGCGGACAUUGUAAACAGGUGCCGUUAACCACAGAACGAAAUAGAACACUAAUACAUUUAUCUCUAUGCAGUUAACUUUAUUACUGAUGGUUAACUCUUGAGUCUAGGCACAACAUGCAUCCCAUCAUUCAAGCCAUAGAAGAGAAAUUUGAUCAGACAUCUCAUGAAGGAACUACUUUUUAUAUUUUAGCAGCAUCUAAAACUCGCUUUACGGUUUUUAAACUUUACACUGUUGUUUUGUUUAGCAGUUUUCUGUGUUUGGUCCCUCAAGAAGCAAAAACCUCUCAACAUGUCCAAGGUGCCCGAUAUGAAACGUAUGUCCAUGACGCUCAUGAGCAGGUGAGCGGAGAACUUAAAGCAGUGAAAGUCAUUGCCAAGAGUAACAUAACAGUGCAUAAAUUGAGGUCUUAGAUCUGAUGCAUUACAUUUGCAUUUUUAUUUUUAACAUCUAGUUUAAAGAGUGCACUACACUGUUGCUCGAUUGGGAUUGGCCGGAGUCCCUCAAACCAACCGAGUCGUCUGUAUCCAGUUCUGACUUCUUCGAAGGCCACUUCCUCAAAGUCCUGUUUGAUAGAAUAGGCCGGAUCCUUGAGCAGGUAGCCUUAAAGGGAUAUAUUUUAGUAUUUUGUUCAUUAGUCCACUGUUAAUACAAUCCCAAAAUGUUAAACAUAAACAUCCCCUCACUUGUGAAGUGUCUCUCUCUUAGCCCUAUGAGCUGAACCUCCAGGUGACAUCGGUGUUGUCCAGGCUGGCCCUGUUCCCUCACCCCCACCUCCAUGAGUACCUGCUGGACCCCUACAUCAUCCUGGCCCCUGGAGCCCGCUCCCUGUUCUCUGUGCUCAUCAGGGUGGGUGACCUCUACACUCACCUCCUUCCUCAUCUUUAUUUAAGGUUUUAGACUUCCAGCCAUGUUCCUGAUUCGUUUCCGUUUGAACACUACAAAUACUGUACCCAGCUACAACUCCCACAUUCCACAGUGGAUUGUUUUCACAAAUGCAUUCCUAAUUGUGUUUCUCCUGGUUUGACAGGUGAUAGGAGAACUGAUGCAGAGGAUCCAGCUGAUCCCAAACUUCAAAGAGAAGCUUGUGCAUGUCCGAAGGCAGCUGAUGGGCCUGGAUGGGGAGUCUGGGUAAGUGCCGUAGAGAAACAUACAGUGCAUUCAGAAAGUAUUCAGACCCCUUGACUUUUGCCACAUUUUGUUACAGCUUUAUUCUAAAAUUGAUUAAAUUAAAUGUUUCCCCUCAAUCUACACCCCAUAAUGACAAAGCAAAAACUGGUUUUUAGAAAUUUCAGCAAAUUUAUUUAAAAAUAUAUAUAUCACAUUUACGUAAGUAUUCAGACCCUUUACUCAGUACUUUGUUGAAGCAGCGAUUACAGCCUUGAGUCUUCUUGGGUAUGACGCUACAAGCUUGGCAUACCUGUAUUUGGGGAGUUCCUCCCAUUCUUCUCUGCAGAUCCUCUCAAGCUCUGUCAGGUUGGAUGGGGAGCAUCGCUGCAUAGCUAUUUUCAGGUCUCUCCAGAGAUGUUCGAUCGGGUUCAAGUCCGGGCUCUGGCUGGGCCACUCAAGGACAUUCAGAGACUUGUCCCGAAGCCACUCCUGCGUUGUCUUUGCUGUAUGCUUAGGGUUGUUGUCCUGUUGGAAGGUGAACCUUCGCCCCAGUCUGAGGUCCUGAGCAGUCUGGAGCAGGUUAUGAUUAAGGAUCUCUCUGUACUUUGCUCUGUUCAUCAUUCCCUCGAUCCUGACUAAUCUCCCUGCAGCUGAAAAACAUCCCCACAGCAUGAUGCUGCCACCACGAUGGUUCACCGUAGGGAUGGUAUUGGCCAGGUGAUGAGCGGUGCCUGGUUUCUUCGACGUGACGCUUGGCAUUCAGGCCAAAUAGUUCAAUCUUGGUUACAUCAAACCAGAGAAUCUUGUUUCUAAUGGUCUGAGAGUCCUUUAGGUGCCUUUUGGCUAACGCUAAGCCGGCUGUCAUGUGCCUUUUUACUGAGGAGUGGCUUCCAUCUGGCCACUCUACCAUAAAGGCCUGAUUUGGUGGAGUGCUGCAGAGAUGGUUGUCCUUCUGGAAGGUUCUCCCAUCUCCACAGAGGAAUUCUGGAGCUCUGUCAGAGUGACCAUUGGGUUCUUGAUCACCUCCCUGACCAAGGCCCUUCUCCCCCGAUUGCUCAGUUUGGCCGGGCGGCCAGCUCGAGGAAGAGUCUUGGUGGUUCCAAACUUCUUCCAUUUAAGAAUGAUGGAGGCCACUGUUUUCCUGGGGACCUUCAAUGCUGAAGAAAUGUUUUGGUACCCUUCCCCAGAUUUGUGCCUCGACACAAUCCUAUCUCGAAUUCCUUCAACCUCAUGGCUUGGUUUUUGCUCUGACAUGCACUGUCAACUGUGGGACCUUAUAUAGACAGGUGUGUGCCUUUCCAAAUCAUGUCCAAUCAAUUGAAUUUACCACAGGUGGACUCCAAUCAAGUUGUAGAAACAUAUCAAGGAUGAUCAAUGGAAACAGGAUGCACCUGAGCUCAAUUUCGAGUCUCAUAGCAAAGGGUCUGAAUACUUAUGUAAUUAAGUUAUUUCAGUGAAGAAGAAACAAAUAUUUACAAACAUGUCUAAACCUGUUUUCGCUUUGUCAUUAUGGGUUAUUUUGUGUAGAUUGAUAAAAUAAAACAAAAAUCCUCAAUUUUAGAAUAAAGCUGUAACGUAACAAAAUGUGGAAAAAGUGAAGGUCUGAAUACUUUCCGAAUGCACUGUAUAUAUUAGUUUGAAUUAAUUAUGUGGUAACUGUUAAGUGUGUGCAUCCUGAACGUAAUGGUCAGUGAUGUAGUGGUAAAAAGAUAGGUGGGUAAACGCCUGAUCACCAUGCGCGCUGAAUAAAGUUCUCUAUAUUUUCAAUGCAAUAUGUGUGUAAACACUUGUGCAAUAUAAAAAAUUUGUAAAUGGCCCUCCACUACACCAAUGGUAGUAAUACAAUACAUGUGGUCAUCUUAAUUAGAGGAACCACCCUCUGAGAAGCAGACUGAGGAAAUUACAAUUGUUUUGUGUGGAUCUUGCCUCCCCAGAGUGGAUCACAUGCCCCUGCUUAAGGGAGUGAUCAUCCUAGAGGAGUUCUGUAAGGAGCUGGCGGCCAUUGCCUUUGUCAAACUUCCCGACAACAACACAAACUUGUAG